AGUAGUCAGAAUAUUCCUUGUGAUUCAUGGAGUAUCAGCCAAUUUUUUGUGUUUUAUUCAGCCGAAGCUUUGCCAUCGAUCAAGUAUGCUGCAUGACUUCAGGGAGGAGCCAUACACACCGAACUUGGAAGAGGCAGAUGGGAUGGGAAUCAUGCAGGACCAUUGCGAGAUGCAUUCAGGAACCUCUGUGUUUUGGAUCAUUGGAUCUUCAAGUGAAUCCUGGAGGAACCAGGGGGAGAUGAGGAUCGUUUUUCUUACAGGAAGAGGGGAUUGUUUACCAAUUGAAAUGACUGAUAGAAAUGGGCCUUAAAAAGCAGGGAAAGUUUGGACGCGUUACGACGGAGGGCACCAGCAGAACCAUCACACUGACUUCACGAAGAUCACUCAUGGCGUGGCCACCCUGAUAUUGGUUCAAGACGUACGUAGCUCAGGUUGUUUAGAGCCCUUUGUUUAUGUUAGCAUUUCUUUGGCUGCUGACCGACGUCAUCCAAAGCAGGAGAGAGCCUCAAGCCGCUUCUGACUCACUGUUAAAGGAACAGAAUGUGGCCGAUUCAUCAGGGCUGCUCCUUGUGAUGGUGCAGGACAUUUUUUUAAAUUCAUACAUUUAUUUAUUAUUACAGAACACUUCAAAUUAACCCUGUUGAACCCUAACCUAAUAAAUCCCGUUCAGUAGUGAUAAGGUUGAUGAGGUUUCAUGAAACAGUGCCCUAAACAGUGCCAGUAGGUGGCGCUUUUGUCUUAAAAUGAUUUUUUUUUUUUUCUUUUUUUAAUAUAGUUGUUCACAGGCUAUAGAUCCUGGCUUCCAAGGCAUGCUGGGAAAGAGAGUAAACAAAAACACAAAUGAACUUUAGUGUGUCGGUACUAUUACAAUCAGUAUAUAUUACAUGUAUUAUUUAUGGCUUGAAUAGUAGAGCAAAAGCGCUUAUAAUAAACACUGCCCUUCAACCAUGAAACACAAAUUCACAGAGACCUAUUUCAAUAGUAUUUGUGGUUAUGAUGCUCAGAGCACGCACACAGUGUCUUAAGUAAGCAAUAUUAUGUCCCUGUGGCAUGAAGGUUGUCAGACACAAUUGUAUAAGUGCUUGUCUUUAUCUCAUAACAUCACAAAUCAUAAGAUUUAAGGAUCAAUAUCUCGGCUUUUAUUUAAUAUAUUUUUUUAUUUUUUAUUAAAUGUUUUAUUAAAUGUAUGUAUUUAUUGUCUUCUACUGUCUUCUGCAGUCUAACAUAUCAAAGAUACCAGUAAAUGGUACAGUAAAGUAAAUAUGUGAUAUUAAAUGGUAAAAAAUAAACGUGAUAACGUCAUCCACAAACGUGUUUUUUCCCUCUUCAAAAGUUACAAUAUCGUAGUUUCACCACUAAAGGUCUCUGACACACUUAAAGAAGAAAAAGGUGAUUGUGGGUUCAUGAAUGGAUUAAAAACAUUAUGUGUAACAUAUUUGUCCAGACUAGAUGCACUGGUUUUCAUCAUUCAUAGAGAAUAAGAAUAAGAAUAAGAAUAAGAAUAAGAACAAGAACAAGAACAAGAACAAGAACAAGAACAAGAACAAGAACAAGAACAAGAAUAAGAAUAAGAAUAAGAAUAAUGCAGUGAUGCAUUUUAAUAAGAGUAAAAUAAAUUGUAACAUAUCAAAGAUACCAGUAAAUGGUAACACAAUAUGGUAAAAUGUUACAUACAUAUACCAGCACGUGCUAUUUCAACCUGCCAGUGGAAAAACUAGCAAUUUGCCCACCUUAAGCUUAAAUAAAAUAUGAUAGUGUCAUCCAUACACGUGGUUUUUCCCUCUUCAAAAGUUAAGCAAUCAUUUCCGUCAGCUACAAUAUCGUAGUUUCACCACCAGAGGUAAGUUAUUCAACUUGGGAUUUAAACUCAACAUAUAAUCAUUACUACUCCUACUACUGCAACAACUACUACUACUAGUACUACUGCUACUACUACUUAUAAUAAUAAUAAUCAUAAUAAAAACAUCAAUAAUAUUUAUGUAGUUGUGUAAAAGAAAUAUGUGUCAAUUUAUUGCAAAGGUGUUUUAUUAUAAUUAUUAUUAUAUUAUUCGAAAUCGAGUAAUGAAACUCUUGAACAAGACCAAGACCAAGACCAAGAACAAGAACAAGACCAAGACCAAGACCAAGACCAAGAACAAGAACAAGAACAAGAACAAGAACAAGAACAAGAACAAGAACAAGAACAAGAACAAGAACAAGAACAAGAACAGGAACAAGAACAAGAACAAGAACAAGAACAAGACCAAGAACAAGAACAAGAACAAGAAUACUAAAAUAAUGAAACAAUAAAUAAAUAAAAAUAGUGGUUUCUGUUGAGACUGAAAACAUUUGGGGUUGUAUCAUUUCUGUUAUUCAGUGAGCCAGAAUGUGACACUCUUUUCACAGAACUUCCCAGGUGUCAUCGCAAAAGCUCAUUUUUGUUCUGAAACAAAAGAUAGUGUUAUCUGUGGUGUCAUUGUGUGGCAGCUAUUUCUGUCCAAGCUCCAAUCUUGGAGGUGCAGAAGCGUCCUGAUACGGCUCCACGCCCAUCGCCGUGUGAAGGAGGUGAGUGCGGCCGCUUUAUAAAAGAAGCCGACUGGACGACAGGACAUCAGAUCUAGUGACCUACACAGGAACACAGAGACAGCAAUCAUGGUUGAGUGGUCAGACUACGAGCGUAGCGCCAUCCAGGACAUCUUCUCCAAGAUCGACUACGAGGUCGUGGGUCCUGCUGCUCUCUCCAGGUGUCUGGUGGUCUACCCAUGGACGCAGAGGUACUUUGGUAACUUUGGAAACCUCUACAACGCCACCGCCAUCAUCAGCAACCCUCUGGUGGCUAAGCAUGGAAAGACCAUCGUCCACGGCCUGGACAGAGCCAUGAAGAACAUGGACAACAUCAAGGAGACUUACGCUGAGCUCAGCGUGCUGCACUCCGAGAAGCUCCACGUGGAUCCAGACAACUUCAGGCUGCUGGCCGACUGUCUGACCAUCGUGCUGGCCGCUCAGCUUGGCAAGAGCUUCACUGGAGAGGCCCAGGCUGCCUUCCAGAAGUUCAUGCAGGUGGUGGUCUCUGCCCUGGGCAGACAAUACCACUAAGGAGCAUCCGCUGAUGAUGAAUGAGCGCUCUGUCAUGUGCUGACCUCAACGGAAAA